AUGGUUUGGGGCCUCUUUCCCGUCGACCCACUUCCAGGUGAAAAUGAAUAUUAUAUUUUCAGAAAAGGAACAUACAAAGUGGGCAGAAAAGGAUGUGAUAUCAUCAUUAACAAAGACAAAGGUGUCUCAAGGGUCCAUGCGGAAAUCAUUGUAGAUGAAAUGGUUUGCAUGGAUAAUUCAGAAAAGAAACACUCAACCAAAGUUCGGAUAAGAGACUGCUCGAAAUAUGGAACCUUCAUAAACAAAACUCUGGCUUCUGUGGAAAAAGUUCACGCACUUCCAAAUAAAGAAACAACGCUGAAGGAAGGGGACCUGCUUGCAUUUGGAACUGGAAAUGCGAAAUAUAGGUUUUCUUUUGUUUCUCUUGUACUUUUUACGGGCUCAUCCAAACCUUCAGAUAUCAAUGAACUACAUGGCAAGAUGUCAGCGACUGGUGGUAGUAUUACUCAAGCUUGGACAUCUAAAUGCACACAUAUGGUUGUUGAUGACUUCACUUCUCUGACUGAUGAGAUAAUUGAUGCAGUAGUUGCCGGCAUACCCCUUGUCACAUUUAGAUGGAUAGAGGUAAUAGGAGGAAAAUCUAUAUGCACUGAAAUUCCUAGCUGUGCCCCGCAUGCUCCAAGUUUAUCAUUAGAUGGGGUAUCUCUUAAAGUUGCGGAUCCACAAUCUCGAGAACAGUGUCUGAAAGGCUACACUUUUCUAUUGGUAUCCAUACAGAAGUAUAAGUUCAAGGAAAAGUUGCAGUUGCUGUUGGAAUCAGGAGGUGCAAAAGCUGUUUCUGUUGAAACUCAUGAUUUGUGUAGCCAAAGCACAGGAGAAAAAUUAGUGCGUGUCAUGCCAGCUGGAUCGACAGUCAGCACCGGAAGCUUUAAGAAGUUCAGUUUUCUGCCAAUGGUGAAUGAGAUGGAACUAAUUUCAGCCAUCUUUUCUGGACACCUGGAUCCUUCAGUUAUGUCAUCAGGACCUGUCCUGGUUACAUCAUCAUGCUCCACGGAUGAGACGGACGAGACUGUGGUGGCAGAUUCUGACGUUGAAAACGAAACUUCCACAUCAGCACACAAGUCCCUCGUAUUUAAUUUAACAGAAUCUGCUGAAGACGAGUGCACGAAGAAUAUAAAAAUCUGCAAAACAGAAUUUUCCAAAGAAGUUUCUGCAUCACAAAACGUUGUUCACAUUGUAGAAUCUUCUGAGCAUGACAGUGCAGGGAAUACAGCUGCAUUGAAAACCACUGAACACGAGAGCCAAAGAUUUCAUCCUCUUACUCGAGUUACUCUAAAACCAGAUGAUAGUCCUCCCCAGACUACUGUCGUCAAAUCUGACGGUGAAUAUAUCACAUCAUCAAGAAACAGAGAUGAAGGUAUUGCGGCAAGAAAGGAUAUAUCUGAAAGUGAUAAUAAUAUCGAUAUAAUUUAUAGCCAAGAUCUAAUUGUUCGACGCACUACUAAAACACAACCUGAACAUUCGUCGAGCAAAGGUGUAGCAGUUAACUUCAAACGUUUCAGGAAGAUGGAUGUUCCAUCCGGGAACAGCUUCCACAGUUUUAUUCCUUUCGCGAAGAACCCGUACGAAGAGUCCGACUAUGGGAAUGAAGACGUGGCCGAAUCUAUUAAAGAGGAGAAAAAGCGUAAACGGAUGGAAGCCAUUGCAGACGACUUGUUUAACAAUGAGAAGGGGAGAAGGCGUGCUGCAUCUGGUUCUCUUCACGGGCUUUUUGCUCGUGGUUAG